UGGCUCUACGGGGUUGUGGCCAUCGAGAGCGUCUACAACCAGCCUUCAGUGUUGGCGAUGUUCAUCAUGGGAGAAUAUUCGCGUAAGAUGGAGAAACUGCCUGAAGAUACUGUCAAGGAGCAUGUGUUGUCCUUGCUGAGGAGAGUGACCAGGCAGGAUGUUCCCACACCGACCUUUUUUAACAGGACGACAUGGGGCAGCAACCCCUGGACGCGAGGCUCCUACUCCUCCUUCGUCAGCGUCGGAGGAACGAAGGCCGGGCUGCUGCGGCGGGAGGCGCUGGCCACGCCCAUCGCCAACGCCAACAGGAAGACGGUGCUGACGUGGGCGGGUGAACACACACACAAUACACGCUACGGCACUGUAGACGGAGCGAUGGCCACGGGGAAGAGGGAAGCUCAUCGGAUACUCAGUAUUCUCAAUGCUAAUUAGUGGAGUUAAUGACUAAUUAGCUGAUAAGGAUGGUUAACAUUACCGGGGUCAUUAGUAACGGCAGCGUCUUCAUCAUUUCUUCUUGUUGGUUGUUGUUGUUGUUGUUGUUGUUGUUGUUGUUGUUGUUGUUGUUCUUCUUCUUCUUCUUCUUCUUCUUCUUCUUCUUCUUCUUCUUCUUCUUCUUCUUCUUCUUCUUCUUCUCCUCCUCCUCCUCCUCUCCUCCUCCUCCUCCUCUCCUCCUUCUCCUCCUUCCCGAUCAUAAUCAUCAUCACAACCUUCAUGACAGUCACUGAUCACCAUCAGUAGCAGCGGAAAGACCAUCUUCACAAUCUUCACAGUCAUCUUCAAGUUUACCAUGUCCUAUUAACGUUUUUUCUGAUACAUAUAUUCACUGGGAGAAGUUUACCAUGUCCUAUUAACGUUUUUUUUUCUAAGAUACAUAUAUUCUUUUAUCAAUGAUUUGUAUAAAAAAUGCAGCUCUAAAUGUAGAUUAAAAUGUUAUAUUGA